AUGACAAGUCCUGACAAUAUAACAAUGGAGCCGGUCAUAUCUGUGGCUCCAAUGAUUGACAUAACAAAUGUCUUAUUCCGCAAUUUCAUGAGAUUAUUAACACGAAAAACUACUCUUUGAACAGAAAUGAUCACAACAAGCGAAAUUCUUAAUACACCUCAUUUAGAUCGAUGUCUAUGAAACGAUCCAAAAGAGCACCCAGUCGUUGUGCAAUUAGGAGGUAAUGAUCCAACGCUAUUGGGCGCAGCUGCAAGCUUGUGUGAAUUAAAAGGUUUUGACCAAAUAAAUCUUAAUUGUGGGUGUCCCAGUAAUCGAGUUCAAGAUGGAAAAUUCGGUGCUUGCCUAAUGCUAGAGCCAGAACUUGUCCGAGACUGCUGUGCUGAGAUGAAAAGAAGAGUCCAAAUCCCAGUGACUGUAAAAUGCAGACUUGGUGUAGAUGACCACGAUUCUUAUGAGAACCUCGAAAAUUUUAUAUCAAUAGUUUCUUCUAGUGGAGUUAACGAAUUUGUUGUCCAUGCAAGAAAAGCUAUCCUUUCUGGUCUAACCCCUACACAAAACCGAACUAUCCCGAAAAUUAAUUAUGAAUUUGUCUAUCGACUCCAAGAAAGAUUUCCUGAUUUCAAGUUUCACAUAAAUGGAGAAAUCGCUACAGAGAAACAAGGAAUUGGAAGACAUGAGUCUAUAAGGCAGCAAGUAGAGAGAGGACUAGGAGUUAUGAUUGGGAGGGUUGCUUAUAAUUAUCCAUGGCUUUUUAGAAAUAUGGAUAGCAUGUAUUAUGGAGUCCCUGAUCAAGGAUUAAAUAGAAGAGAAAUUAUUUUGCAGUAUGCAGAGUAUUGUGAUAGAUAUUUAGAAGAGUCUGGAUCUGAGUGAAAUAAAAUGGUUCUGGCUAAGCCAUUGAUGAAUUUGUUUUACCUUGAGAGAGGAAACACUAGAUAUAGAAAUGAAUUGGAUAGAUUGUCAAAUUAAAUUAUAUUAAAAGGCUUAAGGUUUUCCGGAUUUGAUGCCUCCACACUCUUUCGAUCAACAGAUUCAGCCUACGGAGUAGCUCAGUUGCCUGAUUCCCAUCAGCAUUGAUCUUCUCUCGGGCUUGCAUCGUGCCCUUAAGUUUCGACAGAUUAGUGAGGUCUCUCUUGCAUUAUUUCUUUGAGGGUGUGAUGGAGGCAAAGGCUAGCCUGAUGCCUUCUGUCGGUCACCUUGAGGGGAGUGACACUCACUCCCCCCCCCAUCCUUGAUCGAACGAUUGACUGUAAAAAUUCCUAAAAAUUGGGGAAAUUAACCCCCAUCCUUGAUCGAACGAUUUUCAUAUCAUGCAACUACUAUAUAUAUAAAAAUAUAUUAGUUAUCAAAAGCUUGGGAAGAUGUACCUAAUAAAGUUGUUUUCAGGGACUUUGAGACGACAGAAAGCUUCGAAAUCAACUAUCCGAAGUGAUUUAGUCAUCAAUCUAGGCUUAAAAAAAUCAAUAAUCUAAUAAAAUAGAGAUCUUUAAAAUUUUAAAAAAAAAAAUUUAAUUUAAUAAGGAACAAAUUAAAAUUUAUACAGUUUAAAGGGUAACUAAUAAAUCAAAAUUAUUAAAAAUUGGUAUUUUUAUGAAAUUAAUUAAAUUUUUUGCUCUAAAAAUAAUUAUUAAAUACUCUUAACCCUCUUAUUUAAAAGUAAAUAAAAAACAUAUAUAUAUAUAUUUUUUUAUUUUAUAUAUAAAAUUUUUUUCCCAAAAAAAUUUUUUUUAACCCCCAUCCUUGAUCGAACGAUGGCGAGUCGUUCGAUCAAGGAUGGGGGGGAGUCAGGAAAAAGACCUGCAACCCUCUGGAACUGGCAGGGAAAGAGCCCGUUGCCAAAAACCCAUUCGAUAACUAAUACUUGGACUAGAAUGGCUGACAGCUUGCUCACCCCAUACAAGCUAAGGGUUAGGAUUAAAGGGCCUGAACCUUGGCUUAGGCCAUAAAGCCAUUUUAGCACCCAAAGUUGUGCGUCAUCGGCAAGGAUUGGAUUAGGAUUAUUAAAAGUCAGGUGCUAGCCAUAUUGGUGAUGCAAUUACCAAAGACCUCCCUACGGAAGGUUCUGCCGCUUUUCGACUCCAGCACAGAGGGACUAUUCCUCUACGAGUGACCCUUCGGUACCUUCUGUCUCCUCCUUGCCUUGAGGCUUUAGUCUUGAGUGCUUGUGGAUUUCUCAGGCCCUGCUUCGGGCGAUUGGAGUAGCUUGAUUCCAUGGAUUAACUCCUUGGAGUCUAUCGGGUAUCGAAGUACCUUUCUUAGACAGCUACAUGAAAAAGACUAUUCCAUGUGGCCUGGGCCGAAACCCCAAUUUCUCGGUAGAGGAAUGCCCAUGAGUCCUCGGAUACGAAGGACUAUGUUGAGCACCUCCAUUUCCAGCCCAGGAAUGCAGCCAAAACCUCUUGAGCCUGCACUUGAUUCUCGACUUGGAGUCCGUCCAAGUUCGCCGUAGCCAUAAGUUCUGGACUGCUGCGCCAAGAGGGCAGGCUGGCAUGUGUUGCCAUUUUAAUGAAUAUGCGUCAUCGGCAAGGAUAUAUAUUUUGUACCUACCAUCAAAAUAUUUAUUAGAUUGUCAAGGAAUAAAGAAACAGCUCAUUUUUCAGCAGUGGCUGAACAAAUUGUGGACAUUAUGGAGACUGUAAACCCAGAAGCUCUUAAUCAGUUUGAUAUAGAAGAAACUGGGAAAAUUUAA